AUGGCAAACAAGUUUGGAUUAGGGUCUUUACCUCUAGAAUCUAAAAAUCCCAUGAGUUCUACGGCGUUUAUAAACAAAGCGAAACCUUUUUUCGUGGAUCAAAUCGGAGACACCUUACAAGGGGAUAUCGAUAUGAACAAUUUCAAAAUAACUAAUUUAAAGUUUCCAGGAAACGAUAACGAUGCCGUGAACAAGAAAAAUUUACUGGAUCAAAUAAACGCAAUUCAAAUAGAUAAGGACCAUGUUGAAAAUAGAAUAAAUGACGUGAAAAGAUUCAUCAGACGAAAUAUUAAAAAUCUUGUGGACGAACCCAAACUACAACAAGAGUUAACGAGUUUGAAACGUCUUAUUCAAGUGGAUAAAACAAGUGAGUUGAUAUCUAAAUUAGACGAUCAGAUUACGAAGAUCGCGAAGCAAAAAUCAGAUGUUCAAGAUAUAAUUAACACACUUCCCAUUGACAAAGAUACGUUGAAACAACAAUUGACUGCUUUGGAUACUAAAAUCAAUGACGAAUUAGAAAAAGAAGUGGGUGUGAUUAAAAACUUUCUUCAAAAUAAAUUUCGAGAUGAUAUGAAAAAUUAUAUUAAAGAACAGGUCAAUCUUUUGGUAUCUAGAAUUCAUGACGAUUUUUUGAGACAAGAGAGAAAGUUGAGCAAAUUAGAAGCUAUUGUCACGGACAAAUCGUAUUAUUUCAAUCUACCAUUCGAAAGUGACACUGUCUUCGAUAGAAAAGACCAAAUUUAUAAAUCAAACAAAUACGGAUUCAAAGCAGAAAUAAAAGUGGGUUCACUCGCAUACGGAGAACCUAAAAACGUAUUCGAUAUCGGCGAAACGCAAGAGUUUUCUUUUCGAGGUAAUUGUCUGAUUCAAAUAGAGUUUCCCAUGAAGGUUAAAGUCAAUAAAGUAGUCUUCAAACAAACCGGUAAGGCCGUCAAACAUAUUUCAUUAAUCAAUGAUGGUAAUUUGGAAGAAAAUGUACGUUUGAUUGAUAAAAGGGAUCAGGAAAUUGAAACGAAAAAUGGUAAAUAUGUAGAAACCUUUAAAAUGGAAGUAGAAAAUGAUAAGGAUAUCAUUGGAAUCAAAGAUUUGGAUAUGAUAUUGGAGACGGAAAAUCCACCAUCAACCAACAUUGACAAAAUUCCACCACGCUUACACAAACACGGAAAAAUAGAAUCGAGCAGUCACGAGUUUUUACGAACAACAGACUUUGAAUACGUAAAACUAUAUUUCGCUUUAGGUGAAAAAUACACCUCUAUCGAUGUUCAUAAAAGUCAACAAGAACGAGAGUUUAUAGUACAUUUAACGUUUGCCGAAGGUUCCGACUCCAUCCUUCAUGCUGGUGGUUAUAUUUUUAGAGCCAAGAUAAACAUCGAAAAAGAAAAAAGAAAAUAUUCCUAUCAUCUUAAAGAGGACCAUACGAAAAAAGAAAUGUCGUUAGUACGCGUAAAUGUUUUUACUUUUAAUACCCGAAUAUUUAAGAAUACUAGGCCAAACGACCACGCUCUAUGGGAUAUUCCGUGGUUCUAUUUAUCGGAAAUUCACUUAAUUUAA